AUGAGCAAUAUUAAAGUGUUCUGCAGAAUCCGACCUUUAAAUCAGAAAGAAACAUCUCUAAUUAACUACAACAUUAGGGAUUAAACAAUGUAAUUAGGUGAGUAAAAGUUUACUUUUGAUAAAAUCCUUGAUAGUAACGCAAACUAAUAAUAGGUGUAUGAUGAAAUAGGAAAACCUAUUAUAGAUUAAAUUCUCUAAGGAUUCAACGCCACUUUGCUAAUGUAUGGGCAAACAUCAUCUGGUAAAACAUACACAAUGAUUGGUGAUUAAUAAUAACCAGGAAUCAUAAAAAGAACCAUCAAUGAUUUGUUUGAUGCCAUAGAGAGCUCUCCAACAGAAUCUGAAUUUCGAAUUAAAAUCUCAAUUGUGGAGAUAUAUAAAGAAAAGGUUAAGGAUCUUUUAGAUAUCAAUAAAUAAGAUUUAAAAGUAAGAGAGAUGGCUAACUAAGGAUUCUAUAUUCAAUAGGUAACAUAAUUAUGGGUCAGCGAUAAAGAUGAAAUUUACAAUGCCUUAUAAAAAGGUUUGGUCAACAGAUAAGUUGGAUAUACUAAUCUUAAUGAUAUGUCUUCCAGAUCUCAUCUGUUAUUUUAAAUGACCGUAAUUAUGAAUAAUGAAAUUGAAGGGACAUCUUACACAGGGUAAUUGAUUAUGGCUGAUCUUGCAGGUAGUGAAAAUGCAUCCAAAGCAGGAACGACUGGUACCUCAUUGCAAGAAGGAGCAUUCAUUAAUAAGAGUCUGCUAACUUUAUCUAAUGUAAUUAAUGGAUUAUCAGAAAAAUAAUAACAUGUACCUUUUAGAGAAUCUAAUCUAACAAAACUGUUAUGGAACGGAUUAAGUAAAAAUUCCAUGACUUCCCUGAUUAUCACUUGCAGUCCUUGUAUUACUAAUGAAUCUGAGACAGUCAGUACUCUUAGAUUCGGAGUUAGAGCUAAAAUGAUUAAAACAUAACCAAAAGUAAAUAAGGAAGUGACAAUCAAAGAAUUAGAAAUCUAAAAUAAUAAAUUAACUAAGGAAUUGGAAGAAAAGAACUAUAUUAUUGAUCAAUUAAAAAAGGAUGAUAACAAGGUUAAAAUUAUUAAAUUAGAAGAAUAAAUCUUACAGUUGUUAAAGGAUAAUUAAUAAUUGAAAGAGUAAAACUCAUAAUUGAUAACUGAUUUAGAUAUGAGAUCUAUUGACUAUUAAGAAGUUUAAACAAAUUUUAAAAAUUCAUUGCUGGAAUCAGAUAGAUUAUAAUAAUCUAAUUUGAGUUAUCAAUAAUAAAUUGAAUAACUUCAAAUAAAUAGAGAAAAUGAAAUUCAAGAAUUAUAUACUUAAAUUGAUGUAUUUAAACAACAACUCUAAUAAAAAGAUGAAAACAUUUAAUAACUAUCUAAACAUUUAGAAAACUUAUAAAGAGCACAAACUUAAAAUGCUCAACUAUUAUUAAGUGAACAUUCUAUUGAAAAAAUAGAAACAUAAAAUAUGACAGAUUUACUUAAAGAAAUAGAUGAGCUUAAAACAAAGGCAUUUUAAGAGAAGAAUAAGAUAAAGUAGUUAAAUAAAGUCUACGAAAGCUAAACCUUAGUAUAUACAAAACAAAUUCAAAGCCAAGAAGCUGAAAUAUCUAAAUUAAAUGAAGAUGUUAAAAAUUAUUAAUUACAACUUAUGAAAAAUAAUAGUGAAUUGCUCAAUUUAACAACAUAAAACAAUCGACUUCUUAAGGAUUUAGAAAAUAGAAUUUUAAAAGUAACAGAAUUAUAAGAAAAAUAUGAUUACCAAUACGAUUAACUUAAUAAGUUGAAAAAACAAUUGAAUUUGGAAGAAGUUGGUGUUUAUGAAGAAAAUUAUAAAUUGCAUUCAUAAAUACAAGAUCUCUAAAAAAAGUAUAUCUAAGAAGAGUCCUUAAGAAGAUCCCAUCAAUAAACUUCAAGUUAAACUUUAUAAGCAAAACUUUCUAGAAUUCAAUAAUUAGAAUCGGAAAAUUAUCAAUUAAAAUUAGACAUUUAGAAUUCAUAGAUUCUAAAAUCACAAAACUAUAAUGAAUCUGUCAUUAUUUCAUAGUUCUAGUCUGUCAACAAAGGAAGUACGAUUUCAAAAAUUGUUAAAAAAUAGUAAAAUUAGAUUGAUUUAUUGUGA